AAUAAUAACAUAAGAUCUAGAUCUAGAUUAGAUUUAGAUCUUGUCUGUCUACAUCUAGAUCUAUAAGUAAGGUAGAGAUCUAGAUUAACAUCUAGACUAGAUUUAGAUACAUGGUAACAUAUAGACAUAGAUCUACUGAUCUAGUCUAGAUCUAGAUGUGAUAGAAUCUAGAUCUAGAGCUAAAAAUAAGGUUGUUAUAAGUUAUUGUAAAUAAUUGUAUCACUUUAAAAAAUGGCAGUACCUAAUUCAAAUUUUAGAGCUGGAACAGCGGCGUUACCUUCUUCCAAAGUGGAAAUAAGUGUUUCAUGCAGGAAACUCAGAGAUUUGGAUAUUCUUUCCAAAUCUGACCCCAUGUGUGUAUUAUUCAUUCAAGAUAUUCAAUCACAAAGAUAUAUAGAGAUAGGAAGGACUGAAACAAUAAAUAACAAUUUGAACCCAGAUUUUGUUAAACAUUUUGUGGUGGAUUAUUUUUUUGAAGAGUGUCAAAGAUUGAAAUUUCAAAUCUUUGAUGUUGACACAUCCAGCCAAAGCUUGUCUCAACAAGACUUUAUUGGAGAAGUGGAUUUAACUCUUGGUGAAAUGGUUGGAGCCCCUGGUGGCUGUGUUAAAAAAAGCUUAACAAACAAAAAUCUUCCAGGAACCAGUUGUGGAGAAAUUUUAUUGAGGGUAGAAGAACUUGGCUCAAACAAGGAAAUUAUCACUCUUUAUGCCAAAGGAACUGAACUUGAUCAAAAGAAUUGGUGGGGCUUAUUUGGCAAGUCUGAUCCCUUUUUAACGUUUUACAGAGCAAAUGAAGACAACAGUUUUACAAUUGUUCACAAAACAGAAGAAAUAAAAAAUACACUUAAUCCCAACUGGAAGCCAUUCACUGUACCGCUGAAAACAUUUUGUAAUGGAGAUCACGACAGGACCAUCAAAGUUCAGUGUUAUGAUUGGAAUGCCAGUGGCAACCAUGAAUUUAUUGGUGAAUUUUUAACCAAUGUGAGAGAAUUAUCUUCUAAUCAGGCCAGAACUUUUGAGCUGAAGAAUCCAAAAUCAAGAAAGAAAAAAGAUUCAGGAAAAAUCCACAUCCAUGGUGCUAUAGAGGUAGAGAAUACAUUCAUUGACUACAUCAGGGGAGGUAUGCAAAUGAACUUCACAGUGGCCAUAGAUUUUACAGCAUCCAAUGGCAAUCCUCAGAGUCCAGAGUCAUUACAUUAUCUAAACCCAUAUUGUCCCAAUCAGUAUGCUUCUGCUGUCACAGCUGUAGGGGAGAUCAUACAAGACUAUGACAGUGAUAACAUGUUUCCAGCGCUUGGUUUUGGAGCAAGAAUGCCAGAUGGUUCUGUAUCCCAUGAAUUUCCUUUGAACUUUGAGCCAAGCAAUCCUUUCUGCCCUGGUGUGCAAGGUGUCCUUAAUGCAUAUUAUCAAGCUUUGUCUAGAGUACAGCUGUAUGGACCUACUAACUUUGCACCAGUCAUAAACCAUGUAGCCAGAUUUGCAGCCGCAGUGAGAGAUGGAACAGAAUAUUUUGUUCUUCUUAUCAUCACAGAUGGAAUCAUUACAGACAUGCCUCAGACAAAAGCUGCCAUUGUUCAAGCUUCUACACUUCCAAUGUCUAUUAUAAUUGUUGGAGUUGGCAAUGCAGAUUUUACAGAAAUGAACAUUCUUGAUGGAGAUGUGGAAAGAUUAUCUUAUCAAGGUCGUGUUGCAGAGCGAGAUAUAGUCCAGUUUGUUCCAUUUCGGAAUUUCCUGACGACUGGCAGCAACAUGAAAGUGGCCAAUGCUUACUUAGCCAAAGAAGUCUUGGCAGAAGUUCCAGAUCAAAUUUUGUCUUACAUGAAACGCUACAACAUCAAACCAAAGCCGCCCUUACCCAGUUCUGUAUCCAAUGGAAGGAGCUCACAUUUUUCAAAUAUUCCCCAGGAACCACCACCGCCUUACAGUUCAUAGUCUUAAUCCUAUCCAGAAUAGAAUACAAAGUAGAUUUAGAACAGCUAAUAAUAUGGAUAGUAUAUAAACUUUAAUCUUUUUGGGAAGUAACAUUUCUCAAACGAAACUAGUUAACUAAUUUAUCUAUAUAUUUUUUUUAAAUGUACUGGGUUUAGUUCAAACUUGUUGCUAGUGAAAAUUAUUUUUUUUUAUAAUUUCUAAUCAAAUCUUCUAUUUACUUUGAAGUAAGCCUUGUGUGUGUGUGUGUGACUAAUACAUGUGAUCAUGUCUAAAAUGACUUUGUGAUGUACCAAGCCCUUGGAAAAAGCUUGAUAAAUUCUAAACAUUGGUCAAGAAAGUGUGCUGUAAGCUUUAAAUGUAAAAAAUAAAUCAUCAUUAUUGAAGUGUGUUGUUUAUUACUGAAUUCACUGUCCAUUGUAACUAAUUUAAAUCCUAUCUUUUCUUGUAAUCCCUACAAUAUUUUUUGUUGUUAUUGAUAUAUUUCACAAAUCAUUACACUAAUUGAAGUUACAUAUGUUGUACUUGUUUCAAAAAUUUAAGUGGGACAUUCAUAUGAAGAUAUUUUUUAUGAAAGUUUUUAUUUUGUUCAUUUGAAGAUAUAUAUAUAUGUGUGUGUGUGUGUAUACAUAUAUGUAUAUAUCAGCGGUUCUCAACCUUUUAAGCUUGGCGACCCCUUUUUACAAUCCCCCACUCUGCUGCGACCCCCCCCCCCACACACACACACAGUAAUAGAAGAAUAGACAAAAUACAAUCCAUAUUUUCGAUGGUUUUAAGCAACCCCUGGCAUAUCGUCAAUCGACCCCCCAAGGGGUCGCGACCCACAGGUUGAGAACCCCUGGUAUAGAUAGAGAGAUACAGUUGUAAGCCAAAAUAUCUUCAUAUGAAUUUUUAAGUAAAAUGUAUUAUGUUGGUAUAUUUUGUUUACAAUCUUUGAGACUAGGCUCAAUUUUUUUUUAUUAAAGUAGCUAAACCUAUGCUGCUUGAUGUAACCAAAGCUACAACUGGUUGGAGAUCUUUAUGCUGCAUUCCAGGCCAUCACUGCUCUUAACAGCUCUGUUGAUUGGUCAUAUUGUAAGCCCCAAAGUAGCCACCAGUCUAACUUCCCCUACUGGUACUUCAUGGACUUAUGGUCUCAAUUUGGAAAUCUUUCUUACUUAUUUUGACUUUUUUUUCCCAAAUUGAAAGCAACAUGAUUUGAAAAUUCCUAAAUAAAUUUAUUAGUGAUUUUCUCAAAAUAUUUAGUGAUUCUUGUUCCAUACUUUUUACUAAUACUUGAAAUUUUGCUUUAAUGGGAAACUGGCAGUUCAAGUCUUUAAAAUCUGGCCACUUGAACAGAGACAGGAAUAUGAAAUUGUAUUUUUUUUAAUGUGUAUUAUUCUCUUUGUUUUUUGUAUACAAAAAUUUUUUUUUUUUUCAAUAUUCCAAUAAAUAUGUGAUAUAUUAAGAGCAA